AUGGGGCUCUCGGUCCAACUGACAGCAGUUGUCUUCAUCUUGGUAUUGGUAUCUACACACCAUCCCACUGCAGGGGGUGGCCAUGAUCCAUUACUUGUCUUGGAUGGUUAUGAGGAUGAUGGUAUUCGAGUCAAAUGUUUCUCUGCGAGGUUGUUUGCUGAAGUCCAGGUGUUGUGGACAGAUGGUAGAGGAGACAAUGUCACUGGGACACCUCUCACUACCAGCACCACCACUGCUAAUGCCACCAGCUCCAUCAUUCUAAAACCAGGAUCUGGAAACUCUGUGUCCUGCAAAAUAAUUGACAAACUAUUGAAAACAUCAACAGAAUCUUCAGUUGUCAUUGCGGAUGUCUUCUUUCCUGCCACCUCCCCUUGGCUGUCAGCUUUUGUCGUAAUGCUGCUCUUGAGCAUACUUCUGGUUAUCGCUGCGAUUUAUAAAUUCAGAAAGAACAAGAAGACAACUACUCGUGAAACACAAAUGGAAAUUAAAAAAGAGAUAGAUCAACUCAAGAAGGAACUGGAAAAAGUCCAGAAUGAACUGGAAUUCCGAAAAGCUCAUAGCAAUGCAGUUAAUAUCACUCUGGAUGAGAACUGCAAACACCCCAGCCUCAUCAUUAAAGAGAAAAACAGAGUCAAGUCCUCCAUCCAGAAAGAGAUCCUGCCCAAAGCGAUGGUGGUAGCUACAGAAGGGUUUUCAGAAAAGAAACAUUACUGGGAAGUGGAGGUGGGGGACAAAUCAGAGUGGGAGCUGGGUGUGGUAUGUGAGGAAAUUAGAAAUACACUGAGGAGCAACAUGAUGAAUACUUUCCCAAAGGGGAAUUUACUCAGUCUGCGGUUUUCUCAGGGAGAAUACAGCUUAACUGGUGGGAAGAGUGUAAGACAUCGGAAGCCCUGCAGCGUGGUAGGUGUUCUCUUGGAUCAGGAACUUGACAUGCUUUCAUUCUUUGAUGUUGAAGAAAAGCGCCUUCUCAAAUCUCUCUCUCUGGAGUUUUCUGGGAAUAUGUACCCGUUUUUCAAUCCAGGCCCUGAUGACAAGUGGUUGGGAGUACGUCCUGUAUGCGCUCAAACAAAUAACCCUCUCUGUGACAUCCCUCCACAGAGGCAGGAGGAGAUUAAUGUAUUAAUGAUUCACAAUGUAGUGAAUCACAGAGGAUGUGAAAGCACAGAAGAAGAAGAAGAAAAAG